AUGAUUAUAAUCAGGCGUUCCAAGGGAGGUUCGUACAUUGUGGCGGAAAUGGAUGGGGCUGUGUUUCAAAAUAAAGUUGGGGCCUUUAGAAUUAUCCCUUACUUUGCAAGGACUAAGAUAAUGCUUCCAGACAAUAUUUAUGAAAUCAUAGACCUCAACAAAGAAAGCUUAGACAAAUUAGACGAAGAAGGACUUGAAGAUCACGUCGAUUCGAAUGACUAUUACUUCGAAGGCGUAAAUCUGGACCAAAACGUUCAAGAUGACACCGGCAGAAUGGAAGCAAACGACAAUGAUGAUUAG